AUGACGCGCACCAUCAUCCUUGCAGGCGCACCAGAGUCCAAUAAAUUAGAUUGGAAUGAGAAGUCACUCUUGCCUGCUGAGCACGUCGAAAAUGCCAAACCACGCGGUAGCAUGGACUCUACAACAGGAUCCGACUCAGAUGAGUCUCUGACCAUGAACAAACCUUCCAUACCGAAAUGGCGACGACUUGAGAUGGAGAGGUUAAAAAUGCGACCUAUUCUGCCGAAACUAAAUAUCGACCCUCCACCUACAGAUAUCGAGAUGAGUAUACCGGCAGAAUUCCUGGAGACGAGUGAAUUGGUUGCGCAGGAAUUGUUGAGUGAGCCCGCUGGAAGUGAUGUGAGUACAGAAGACUCGAGGCCAUCAGUGGAUUCCAGCACUCGAGAAUAUGAGCCAGAAACUCAAGCCUUGGCCGACUUUUAUGAUCAUUCCUUUUCGAUACAUGAAGCAAUACCUUCGUCGCAAAUCGAGUCGCAACAAUCGAUUACGCCUGGCACUCCAGUGUACGAAAGCAGCGAUGAUAUGUUUCCAGAGCAGCCAAGUACACCCGGCGGUAUAAUACGCACGUCGUCGCAUAGAAGACUGUCGCAAGCACCACGACCCAGGAACCUUACUAAUCUCGUUAACAUACCCAGCGCAACGUACCUGGAUUCAAUAAACCCUCAAACCAAGACGGUGAACCUCAUUGUUGGUAUCGUCUCUAUAGCACCCUCGAGAAUCGUCACAACUGGUGCAAAGUUUGGAAAGCCAAGACAGGUGGAGCUGAUUGAGUUGUUAGUGGGAGAUGAGACUAAGACUGGGUUCAGCAUCACGAUGUGGCUACCAAGAGAGAUGCACGUAAACUGGAAAGAUGGUGCUCAGGAAAAGCCUGAAGGCUCACGAUCAGUGCUCCGUCGAUCACUGAAGGCAGUACAAAUGCGGGACGUGGUACUGAUACAAAACGUGGCGCUAAGCACUUUUCGAGGCAAGGUCCACGGACAAAGUUUACGAGGCGACGUCACAAGGAUUGACACUCUCUUUCGAAAGAAAGUCGGCGACGAGGAACAAGUUGGCUGCUACACGGCACAGAACUUACGAAUGGCGACUGGCAAGGACGCACAGAUUCUCAAAGUCAAGCGAGUGAAGGACUGGAUGCUUGACUUUGUGGGCGAAGCACCUGAUGCCACGACUACCAAGAAGAAAGGACGCAGAGUGAGGAUGAUGCCUGACGAUACCCAAUGA